AUGUCAAUCAUAACUUUCCGAAUUGCAAUCGCGAAUCAAGCAUACGAACAGGAUCACCAGAAGGCUUUCAGAUGCCCUCGAGUAAAUCGCGAAUCGUUGGACGAGCGGAUAGCAGUUUGCGGCGGAGUCUCCAAAACAGACCCAAAUAAAUAUGAAAUGACCGAAGCCAACACAGUAGUAGAUGACAAAAGAGCUCACAAUUGCAUCGGGGCCCCCUUACAAGAAAUGCGAUGUUGCCGAAAAGGCGCAUUCAAAUUUCCGCAAAACCCAAAGCACGGAUUUAAAACAAUAACUGUAGACUUAUCAGCAACCAAAGAUGACUUCAAUUGUGUUGCAGGAAGGCAAGAGGGUGCCCAUGCCUAG